AUGACACAAUUUUUACCACCAAAUUUACUUGCAUUAUUUGCACUACGUGAACCAAUUCCAUUUUUACCUCCAAAUGAUAAAUUGCUACACGAAAAAAAACGUUUACCAUACGGUGGUUCAUUUGACCUUAUCAAUCAUUUUGAAAAUGCUGAUGAAACACCACCAACAACAGAAAUUGAAACCAAAGAAGAACGAGUUGCUAGAAGAGCACAUGAAAAAAUUGAAAAAGCAGCUCUUAAACUUGAACAAGAUCUUGGUUUAUGGGAUCCACAAAGUAAUGAAAAAGCUACAGUGGAUCCAUAUAAAACAUUAUUUGUUGCUCGACUUAAUUAUGAUACAUCAGAAACAAAAUUAAAACGUGAAUUUGAAAUAUAUGGAAAGAUUAAAAGUAUACAUUUAAUACACGAUAAACAAACAGGUAAACCACGUGGUUAUGCAUUUAUUGAAUAUGAAAAAGAAUCAGAUAUGCACGGCAGUACUUCACUUUCAGCUGCAUACAAAAGAGCUGAUGGACGCAAAAUUGAUGGUCGACGUGUUGUGGUUGAUGUUGAACGUGGUCGAACAGUUAAAGAAUGGCGACCAAGACGAUUAGGUGGUGGUCUAGGUUCAACACGUCGUGGUGGUCCACCAAGAGACAAACGUAAUGGAAGUCAUGACCGACGACGAUCAUCAACAAGAGACAGAAAACGACGAUCAAGAUCUCGAGAUAGUCGACGAAGACGAAGUCGUGAACAUAAACGUCGUCGAACUGGUUCGCGUUCACAUGAACAUCGUAAUGGUCAUCGUUCAUUAUGCUAUUAG